UGAAUAUAAGAGGCACAGCCUGCGGUGGAAAGUUAGUUGCUGUUGGCUUCUGCCGAGAUGGCCACCGGACUCCAGGUUCUUCCAAUGGGGCUUCUGGGGCUGCUGCUCUUCCUGAGUGGUGAGCCCUGGGCUGAGGGUGAGAAGGUGCUGGUGGUACCCAUGGAUGGCAGCCACUGGCUCAGCAUGCGAGAGGUGGUGAGGGAGCUCCAUGCCCGAGGCCACCAAGCUGUGGUCCUCGCACCAGAGGUGAAUAUGCGCAUCAAAGUAGAGGACUUUGUAACCAUGAAAACCUAUGGUUUUCCAUACGCCAAGUACGACUUUGGGCACUUCGUUAAGGAACACAUUCAAAUUUCAUUUGAAAGACAACAUUUUCUGAAGACGAUUUUUGAAACUGUGGCGGUUUUCAAAAGGACAUCUGCAUAUUUUUAUAAGUCUUGUGCAGACCUAAUUCAUAACAAGACCCUGAUCGACCACCUGAAUGCCAGUUCAUUUGAUGUGGUUUUAACAGACCCUGUUUACCCCUGUGGGGCGGUGCUGGCUAAGUACCUGUCUAUUCCCACUGUGUUUUUUUUGCGUUCCAUUGCAUGUCACUUAGACUUUGAGGGCACACAGUGUCCGAACCCUUCCUCGUAUGUUCCUAGGUACCUAACAAGGAAUUCAGACCACAUGACAUUCAUGGAAAGGGUCAAGAACAUGCUCUACCCUCUGGCCUUGUUCUACAUGUGCCAUAUUUCUUUUUCUCGUUAUGCAAGCCUGGCCUCCGAGGUUCUUCAGAGAGAGGUAUCAUUGGUGGAUAUUCUUAGCCAUGCAUCCGUGUGGCUGUUCAGAAAUGACUUUGUGCUGGACUACCCCAGGCCCAUCAUGCCCAACAUGGUCUUCAUUGGGGGCAUCAACUGU